GUUAGGACCCGACUGCUUGCUGGGAUACAUGCGGUGACUUAAUCCAACGUUAUCAUAUCAGCACCAAGACUUGUUUAAAAGUCGACGACCUGGGCUCAACAAGAACUUCACGAAUGCUCAUCAAUGGCCAGCAAAUUUAGUCCCGAAUCGCAGGAGCAUUUAAACUCCAUUUACGCGGUCUGGAUGAACAGACAUGAUCAAGCCAAGCGUGGCGAGGCUUCUACCAGUGGAGAAAAUGACAAAAAAUUUGAUGGGUGGCCUUCCGAGGCAGUAAUCGAAGAAAGUGAUGACAGAAUCAACAUGAAACACCUUUUGGCUUACAUGGCUGAAACAUCUGUCUUUCACGGAGUAGGAAAAAUCUACGGGGCUAAUAGCUGGUUGAGUAAGAUGCUCUGGAUAUUACUGUUUAUUACUGCUACCGUAAUGCUGUUAAUACAACUGAAGGGACUUUUUCAGGAAUUCUUCAGCCGACCUGUCACAACUGAGGUGAAGUUAGGGUUUAGUCCUCUUGCCCUUCCCGCCGUGACCAUCUGUAAUCAGAACGUCGUGCGUCGGUCGCUCUCCACCACCUUCUCCUGCAGAGCCAUGAAGGCCCUCGGUCUCCCGUACCUCGUAGCGAAAGAGGAGUGUGAAGAAGAAGAAAAAGAAGAUGAAGAGGAAAGAGAUGACGACCUCGAGUAUACGUGGCUGUGCUACGAUGAUGACUGCAGAGUUCAGCUGGAAGACAGUGUGGCCAAGAACCUACAGCGCCGACAACUGAUACUCAAUGCCUUGAAAAAGGAAAAAAGGGAAACACGCAUCGCUGCCGGUCAUCAGAUUAAAGAUAUGCUCAUCAGUUGCUACAUGCUGGGACACAAGUGUACUUACUUAAAUUUCACACAUACUCUGUCAUCCGGCUUUGGAAAUUGCUACACUAUAUCAUCUCCGUGGUUAAAGGCUAACAGAAGUGGACCAGUGCAUAGCCUGGAAAUGAUUCUAAAUCUGGAGACGGAAGAAUUUUUGGAGACGCACAAGACCGCCUACGGCCUGCGCGUGGUGCUGCACGAGCGCCACACCCGCCCCUUCCCCACCAGCGAGGGCUUCACGGCGGCAGCUGGCGAGGAGACCAACAUUGGACUACGGCUGACGCAGGUACGCAGACUGGGGGGAGUGUACGGGGACUGUAAAGAAGAUAAAAACUUGGAGCUCUUGACUGGUUACAAGUACACCAUCAGACACUGCAGAGAGGAGUGCCUACAAACUCUGAUACACGACAGAUGCCGGUGUCUGAAAAUUAUGGAGGAUUAUGACUCGCAUCCCUUGGAAAAUUCGACCAGAGAUGACCACAGGCAAUGCAAAAAAGCAGAUCGGAAAUGUGUGUGGGCGGCCGAGGAGAAAUACCACGACGAGGGCGACAAUGCUUGCACGUGCAGCACCCCAUGCAUGGAACAGGUAUAUGAUACAACCAUCACAAGUCGGAGGUGGCCACUUUUUGAAUACCUGGAGACUCUGGAAAAAGAUGUGUGCAGAAGGAACAACAAAAGUGUCAAGUGUAACACUUCUAACGAUUACUUCUCUGAAGCCUUCGAAGAUCGUAGGUUGUCUUUUGCGAAGCUGGUGAUCUACUUUGAAAGACUUAAUUAUGAGUCUGUGAUACAGAAACCUUCCUACGACGUCGAGCGUUUCUUGUCGGACAUAGGAGGAACUCUGGGCCUUUGGAUCGGAGCAUCAGUCCUGGGUCUUGGCGAGUUCGUGGAGCUGGUCAUGCUGCUGGUGUUGCGCUGCAGGAGGAGAAAAACCCUUUAAACCUCCCCACGGAUACAGCUCUUUACAGCCAUUUGGGGCGAUUUUUAUCGGUUUCUUCACAUCUUUUCUAUGGCUCUAUAGCCUUGGCACAAAAGGCUAGCUUCUGGAAUCACCAUAAACAUUUCUGCCUUCAGCACAUUUACUGUACUUCAGAUUGUUAAGGCACCGACUCAUCAUAGAAUGUAUACUACAAAGACUUGCUUUUUAACCUUCAUGGGACAAUUGAAAAAAAUGUCAUCACUAAAAUUGUUUUUGAUGUGGCCAUAAUUUUCAUCAAAUUGUGGUCUACUUUUAAAUCAAUGUGAUUUAGGGGAGCAUAAUUGAAAGAGGUAGAGAUGUUUAAAGUUUGAAUUAUCAUCAUUUCAUUAUUCAUUAAAGUUACCUGUAAAAGUAUUGGCGGUUUGUGUGCCAAAAAAGCAACAAACUCCCCAAAAAAAAACAACAACAAACAAACAACAAAACAAAACGAGGCGAGGUCCAUCUUUUUUUUUCUCCAAAGACAGCUCAGUUUGUGUGCUACUGGUUGUGGUCAUCAUUAUUUUACCUAACUCGUCCAGGCUAUGUAGUUGAAGUUAACAUGCACUUUGCUGAGCUCAAAGAGCAAUUGAGUAAUAAGAUUCUCCCCUUGAUUGCUCAGGUCUGAUGACAUCAAACGAUUCUUUGUCAUUGCAAAGAAAAGCGAGGGUCUAAAGCUAAUACAGAAUCUGAAUGAAAAUGUCAGACAUUUCACUCACAGCGACAUUUUUAGAAGAUUAACUUAAACACCACUGGGGUCAAACAGAACACUUUUGUAUUCAUCUAUACACUUCGUUUUCUAAACUUGUGUUCCUUUGUUAUUUGGUUGACUGUCGGCUUGUAAUUUUUUCACAACCCACUGGCCUCGCCUCCAACUGGGAAAUGUGCUCUACAAUUAUUUUCAGUAGUAUUACUCUUGUAAAUAAAAGCCAUAUGCAUUGUUUCUGAAACAAUAAAUGUCAGAUGUGUUUCAUGCAUGUGUUUCACGUGUGACUUGUAUAUCCAUAAAGAAUCUGCAUAUGUUUCUGCAAAAGGUCAGCAAACAAAUCAAUGCCGCUGUUGCUAUAAGAAACUGGUUAUCGAUUCCCACCCAGUUCAGCAUGUACUGUAUGUUCUCGAUCGCUAGCUGUUUCGUGGUUUGGAUCAGCAGGCACCAUCCUGCUCUUUGCAAAUCAUUAGUCUGCAGAAAAAACUUCUUACUCACUCUAUUGUGGCCAACAGGCCUUCAUUUAUCAUGCUUUAAACUCAUUUAAUAAAGAUUUCUUGUGCUUUA